CUUCUGUUUGCGUUUGGUUCAUCCUUCCGGGCCGCCGUCCGGUUCCCAGUUCCUGGUUCUGUUUGUGUUCUGUUAGCGGAACCAGACAUGGAAAAGUUCGCGCAGUCUGCAGACUUUAGAUCUCCGCCGUCUCUUUUCUCUUCUGCAGGAUCUUCCAGAUGUGAUCCACAGAAGCAGGGGAAAGACUCCGGCCACAGAGAAGAGGAGGAAUUCUCCAUCUGCAGGGUUCAUGUUACAGAAACCUCCCGACCCGAAGGAGGUUCUGGUUUCCAGUCCAGCUGCUCUGAGCACCAGAACAGAAACAAACCAUAUCCGGACCUGGUGGUUCCGUGUCUCUGACUGCACCCCCUGCAGGCCACCGGGGGUCAGCGCAGUAUCCGGCCUCAGACCGUCGCUACAGGAACGUCCCCCUGCAGGACGGAUGUCUCCGUCCUCCAACUCUGUCCCCCUGCAGGGAUCAGCAGAGCGCUGCUGCAUAACUUCUCUGGGAAGCCGGCGGCGGCUCUGUUCUUCUCUUUCCUUCCUGCUGUCUGCAGGAACCAGCAGGUAAGACGCGUCACCUGGACGGGUCACCAUGUCCACCAACAUCUGGUGGAGAGGAGAAGUUCUUCCCUGGGAGGAGAACAGGCGUCUCUGUCUGCUGCCGAACAAAAGUUUAGAAAAGCUGGACUGAAUCCUAGUGGAGACGAAUCCAGGAGACCUACUCACAGUCGGAAUAAACGGCGGGGCUCCAGGCGUUCUGACAGAGACCGGCCGACCCGGCGGAUCCCUCCGGGUCACAUCCAGACGGACCCCGCGGCCCUCGGCCUUCACAGGAAGUGACUGGUUAAUGUCGCCCUGUCCUGCAGCUACAUCGCUAAGGUCAAAGGUCAGACGGCAGAAGCGGUCCGAGACGACACGAAGAACGCCAACAGACCGUUCAGCAGAGCCAGCAGAUGA